AGUCAGAGCGUGGCGGCGGCGGCAGUGGCGCGGGAACUUUGGAGCGUCCUGGGAAAGGAGUAGGCGGUGGCUGGUGUCCCCAGUACUACGGUCAGGUUAGGGUGCCAUGGAGGACUAUGAGGAAGAGCUACAUGGCGUGGAGGACGACUUCCACAGCCAGUUCGCAGCGGAGCUCGAGGUGCUAGCCGAGCUGGAAGGGGCGCCAUUCCUGCCGUCCUCCAGGCCCUCGCCGCCUCCCAUGGCCGAGGCCUGCCCAACGUUCGAGGAGGCCAUUGCUGGAGGGGACGCCGCCACUCGGUCCUGCCCCCCUGGUUCUCUAGGCAGCACUCGCGGUGCCAGAAAGCGGCAAGUGGAUGCCGCUUUCCCCAAUAAGGAGCCCCUGUCCCACACCCCUAAGGUCAAGCGGUCCAAACUGGAGGCAGUCAAGAGACUGAACUUUGGGUCAGAGAUCGAAGAUCUGCAGUUUCCUGAGUCUCCACCAAGGGACAUAACCCCCCCACUGAGUCCUGAAGUCCCCACUGAGCUGUGGGGUUCUGGACCUCUGGAUGCUGCUGCAGAUGCAGGUCUCACACAGGCCUUGCAUAGCACCCACAAUCCUGUUUUGAGGCGGCCCCCUGUCUUAGAGGAUUACAUCAAUGUGACCUCCACAGGUGGUGACCGAGCCUUUCUGUUGCUCCGUCCAGACUCUACAGGCAAUGGAGUGCAGAGCCCUCUCUUGGAUGUCAAGUGGCGAAGCCCUGGCCGACUAGACUUGCUGGGUGUCUCCUUUGCUUCCUUGAAGGAGCAGGUUGAUAAUGAGCGACGGCAGCGGCUGAUACAGGAAGCCCAGCAGCUCUCAGAUACUCUGCAUAGCCUCAGGUCUGAAGAGGAGAAACCAGCUGAUGACCAGGGCACUUCCCAGCACUGCCUCUGGGUGGAUGAAUUUGCACCCCAACGCUAUACAGAACUGCUCAGUGAUGAUUUCACCAACCGCUGCUUGCUCAAGUGGCUGAAACUGUGGGACUUGGUGGUGUUUGGCCGGGAAAGGCCUGCUCGGAAGUCCAGGCCCAAUGUGGAGCCAGCCUGGACUGGCAAGGAGGCCAUGGUCUCUGGCAAGUGGAAAAGCCAGGAGCAGGUGGUGGAAGAGAUGCUGGAGGCUGAGCUGGAUUCAAACCGGCGGCCCCGGCAGAAGGUGGCCCUGCUGUGUGGGCCCCCAGGGCUGGGCAAGACCACACUGGCACAUGUGAUUGCACGGCAUGCUGGGUACUGUGUGGUGGAAAUGAAUGCCAGUGAUGACCGUAGCCCUGAGGCUUUCCGUAUGCGCAUUGAAGCAGCCACACAGAUGGAAUCAGUACUGGGUGCCGGUGGAAAGCCCAACUGCCUGGUCAUCGAUGAGAUUGAUGGGGCCCCUACGGCUGCCAUCAAUGUUCUCCUGAGCAUCCUGAACCGCAAGGGUCCACAGGAGGCAGAGCCAGGUGGCCCACUUGUGUCCUUAGGAGGGGGCAGGCGGCGCAAGACAGAAGGGCCUCUCCUGACCAGACCCAUCAUAUGUAUCUGCAAUGAUCAGUUUGUGCCAUCCCUGCGACAGCUGAAGCAGCAGGCUUUCCUUCUCCACUUUCCCCCAACUCUGCCCUCAAGGCUGGUGCAGCGGCUCCAGGAGAUCUGCCUGCAACAGGGCAUGCAGUCCGACCCAGGUGCACUGGCAGCCCUUUGUGAGAAGACAGACAAUGACAUUCGUGCCUGCAUUAAUACCCUGCAGUUCCUGCAUGGGCGGGGCCGGCAGAAGCUGAGUGUGCAAGAUGUGCAGACUACUCAUGUUGGCCUCAAGGACCAGCGCAAAGGACUUUUCUCUGUGUGGCAGGAGGUUUUCCAGCUGCCCCGGGCCCAGAGGCAGCUUGGAGGUCAAGAUGCUCUGCUAGCCCACACAUUGCUGCCUAGUGAGAGGGAUGUGGCUUCUCUGAACCUCGCCUCCCAGCGCUUCUACCACAUUCUGCAAGUCACCACUUCUGCAGGCGAGCAUGAAAAAGUGGUCCAGGGCCUUUUUGACAACUUCCUGCGCCUGCGGCUGCGGGACUCCAGCCUGGGAUCUGUGUGCAUGGCCCUUGACUGGCUGGCCUUUGACGACCUGGUGGAACGGGCUGCCCAUCACGGUCAGAGCUUCCAGCUCCUGCGCUAUUUGCCCUUCUUGCCUGCAGCCUUCCACAUGCUUUUUGCCUCCAGCCAUGUACCUCGGAUUGCCUUCCCCAGCAGCCAGCAGGAGGCCCAGAACCGAAUAAGCCAGAUGAGAAACCUGAUCCAGACAUUGGUAUCAGGCAUCACACCAGUCACCCGAAGCCGAGCCACACCUCAGACCCUCAUCCUGGACACCCUUUGCCUGCUCCUGGACAUCCUUGCACCUAAGAUGCGCCCCGUGAGCACACAACUAUACAGUGCUCGUGAGAAGCAGCAGCUGUCCAGCCUUGUGGGCACCAUGCUUACCUACAGCCUCACUUACCGCCAGGAGCAUACACCUGAUGGGCAGUACCUCUACAGGCUGGAGCCGAAUGUGGAGGAGGUCUGCCACUUCCCUGAACUGCCUGCCCGCAAGCCUCUCACCUACCAGGCCAAGCAGCUUAUUGCCCGGGAAAUUGAAGUGGAAAAGAUGCGUCGAGCAGAGGCUUUGGCCCAGGCAAGGGUUGGUCCCCAGGUAGACCAGGGUCCCCCAGGGCCUGAAAAUCUUGUUGGAAGUGGAGAUAAAGGGGUGAGGCAACCUCCUCUGCGCAACCAUGAGCAGCGACUGGAACAUAUCAUGAAGAAAGCAACCCUGGAGGAGCAGCCUGAAAAAGACUUCUUUGGACGUUUGGUUGUCAGGAAAGUGGCAGCUCCAAGCACAGAGACUGAGGCCCCAGAGAAGGAUGCAAUAGAGUGGCGCAUGGGCACUGCAGUGGGCAGGAGUGAGGUCUGGUUCCGCUUCAACGAGGGCGUCUCCAAUGCUGUGCGGCGUGGCCUAUACAUCAGAGACCUAUUGUAGCCCAGGACGCACAGGGAAUGCACCAGGAGGACACGCUGUCUGGAGAAGUCUUUUUUAUAAUAAAGUCACACCUUACACCUUC